UUCUCAGAGGAUUUCCUCUUCCUCUUUCUCUUUUUCUCACCCGAGUCCAGAGCUAGCGAAAAAUCCAUUGACGGUGGCUCUGAGGCUGAUGCUCUCCCUUCUUUAGAACUUACGAGCGAGCGAGCAAGCUACUCUUUUGAGAGAAGCCCUUCUCCACCCAUGGCUUGUCUCCCAAUCUCUUUCUCUCUCCUUUCUCUCAGGGGACGGUCGAGCUAUUGUUCCGUUAACCCCUCAACAAGUGUCAUACGGCUUAAGAAUCUGAGGCUGCAGAAGAUUUACAUUCAGGCUGUCUCAAAAAAAAGCGCUUCACGGGGUAACUCAGAAGAUGCGUCAAAUGAAGAAAGUGCUAGCAUAGCUCCUAAGAAAACGCGAGCUCCUAGACGUAGUAGAAAGAAGUCAAACGUAGAAAUUUCCGAGGAGACGGGUGCAGAGAUCAUUAGUAGUCUUGAGAAAGAGGAAGAAAGUACCGCAACAACGUCUGAUGAAGGUCCUAAGAAGGUUACAAGAAGAGGCAGGAGAAAAGCUACUACUUCAGCAAGCUCCAUGGAAGAGGUCACAGAGAAGAAAACCACUAGGAGGAGAACUAGAAAAAAGGCUGAUCCAAAGAAGGAGAAGGGAGUAAAUGGAGAAUCUGGUGACUUUGAAGAGUCCACAUCUUCUAGUGAUCUCGAGAAUGAAAUGGAGGAGCUACGAUUGAGAGAAGAUGAAUUAGAGGAUAUUAGUUUCACUUAUAGUUGGCCACCGUUAGUUUGCUGCUUCGGAGCAGCUCAACAUGCAUUUAUCCCUUCUGGAAGGCCAGCUAAUAGAUUGAUAGACCAUGAGAUCCACGAAUCAAAGAAGGAUAUGUUUUGGUCACCAUCUAAGUUUGUGAGAGCCCCGGGAGGUUCAUCAUCAAAUGUUGCUAUAGCUCUUGCAUGUUUAGGUGGUCGAGUUGCAUUCAUGGGAAAACUCGGGGAUGAUCAAUAUGGUCAAAACUUUCUGUAUCACCUAAAUGUUAACAAUGUUCAAACUCGAUCGGUUGUAAUAGACACUUUGAGGCCUACAGCAGUAUCUCGAAUGAAAAUCACGAAAAGAGGUGGCUUAAGAACAAGUUGUGUUAAGCCUUGUGCUGAAGAUAGUCUUGUGAGCUCUGAGAUCAACAUCGACAUUCUGAGAGAGGCAAAGAUGUUCUAUUUUAAUUCCUCCUCCCUAAUUGACCAAAACAUGAGAUCGACAACAAUGCAAGCCAUCAAGGCUUCCAAGAAACUCGGAGGGGUUAUAUUCUUUGAUCUUAAUCUCCCAUUGCCACUGUGGGAAUCUAAUGAGGAUUCCAAGAAAUUCAUUCAGCAGGCAUGGGAAAGUGCUGAUUUCAUCGAAGUUACAAAGCAAGAACUAGAAUUCUUGUGUGGCAUUAAACCCAUCGAGAAGUUUGAUACCAAACAUAACGACAGAUCCAAAUUUGUUCACUAUAAACCUGAAGUGAUCCAACCUCUUUGGCAUGAAAAUCUCAAGGUAUUAUUUGUUACAAACGGGACAUCUAAAAUACACUAUUAUACGGAGAAGGACAAUGGUUGGGUACAUGGUAUGGAAGAUGCUCCUAUCACUCCCUUCACUGGUGACAUGUCUAUAUCGGGUGAUGCGAUUGUUGCAGCUCUCAUGAGAAUGUUAACAGUUCAGCCACAUCUUGCCACUGAUAAGGGCUACCUGGAACACAUGAUCAAGUAUGCAAUCGAUUGUGGGGUCAUAGACCAAUGGUUGCUCGCUCGUGUUCGUGGAUUCCCUCCAAAAGAAGAGAUCGAAGAAUCUUCUCCUUCAGAAUUCAGGGAGCUUAGGUCCAUUACAGAGAAAGAGUAUCGAACAGUAGAGGAGCAUUCGGUGGAGGAACUUGUAAGUUAAAAAAGAAAUCUCUAGUUCUAACCAAUUUUGUGCUAGAAGCCAAAAGGCAUUCUGAGGGUUUGAUCAAUGAUCUGAACAUUUUAGAUGGAAAACCUUUGUGAGGGUUUAUAGAGGUCUGGGGUCAUCUAGUUUUGUUAGAAAUCUGUGUCAUGUAAGUAGAACAAGUUCAACCGUGUAGAUCUACCCAUUUGCUGAUAGCUUCAGAUAAUUCCCUGCACAAUGGUCAUUGUUGCAUUAUGUAAGAAAAGGCUUUGUUGUAGGACUUCUUUUGAGUAAAGAAUCGAUUCUUGCAAUGAAACUUCUUGUCAA